AAAGAGGGGACCCGGUGCUUCAGGGCCAAACAGAGGCUGUGGUGUAUUUGUAAACUCCGGGGCCCACGCCCAUGGAUGUCUCCCGCUCCUGCACGCAAGCGCAGUGACACUCCUUCUGUCAAACAUGGCUGUGCUUUGGAAGAAGGAAAAAUGCUGAAUUGUGUUGGUAUAUCUCGGGAAAAGCAGCAGACAUGGCUAGAUUGGCUGACUAUUUUAUUGUCGUGGGAUACGAUCAGGAAAAAGCCGGUUCAGGAGAGGGAUGUGGGAAGAUCAUUCAGCGAUUCCCCAAGAAGGACUGGGAGGGAACGGCCUUUCCUCAGGGGGUGGAGAUGUUCUGCCAGCCGGGAGGUUGGAGGCUGUCCAGGGAGAGGAGAGCACCCACCUUCUUCACCGUUGUGCUGACGGAUAUCGAUUCAGACCGACACUUCUGCUCCUGCCUCACUUUCUACGAGGCGGAGGUCAAUCUGCAGGGAUCAAAGAAUAUUGAGGCUGAUGGAGAUGAAGACGAAGAGGCAGAGGAGGAUGGCCUGAUCCAGCCAGCUCAAGUGUUUGCACCAAAAAGUCUCAUUCUCGUGUCCAGGCUGGAUUAUCCCGAAAUAUUCCGGGGCUGCUUGGGUCUGAUCUACACUGUCUACAUCGACAGCCUGAGUUUCCCUUUAGAGGGUCUGGUGGCCAACCUCUUUACAUUCCAGGUUCCUGUUGCAGGUGGAUCCCAGAAGCUGUUUAGCCUCGGAGCAGGAGACCGGCAGCUCAUCCAGACGCCUCUGAACGACAUAUUACCCGUCACAUGCAAGAGUGUUGCUCUGCUGUUCCAGCAGCUGGGAAUCCAAAACGUUCUUAGCCUGUUUUGUGCGGUUCUGACAGAACACAAGGUUUUGUUCCACUCCACCAGUUACCAGCGGCUCGGAGAGGCGUGCCGCGCCCUGGAAGCCCUGAUGUUUCCCCUUAAAUACAGCUAUCCAUACAUCCCUAUUCUGCCCUCACGGCUGCUGGAGGUCCUGAGCUCGCCCACUCCCUUCAUCAUCGGAGUGCACUCCAUGUUUCAGAGUGAAAUCCAGGAUCUGUUGGAUGUUAUCAUCGCUGACCUGGAUGGAGGAACGAUAAAGAUUCCUGAGUGUAUCCACUUGUCCCUGCUCCCUGAACCUCUGUUGAACCAAACGCAGACUUCCCUGUCUCUGGUUUUGCAUCCUGAUCUGGAGAUAGCAGACAAUGCGUUCCCUCCGCCUCGCACUGCACCCUCCAACCUCAAGCUGUUGGAUAAGGAGGUGAGGGCCGUCUUCCUCAGGCUGUUUGCACAACUCUUCCAGGGCUACAGGUCCUGUCUGCAGCUCAUCCGCAUUCAUUCUGAACCUGUUAUUCAUUUUCACAAGACUGCCUUCCUGGGCCAGCGAGGCCUCAUCGAGAAUGAUUUCCUGACCAAGGUUUUGGAUGGCAUGGCCUUCGCUGGCUUUGUCUCAGAGAGAGGUCCGCCUUACAGAGCCUGUGAUCUCUUUGAUGAGCUGGUGGCCUUAGACGUUGACAUCUUUAAGGAAGAAGAGGUCAACCCUGCCAAACUGCAGAAGCACAUCAGGGAUCUGUCAGAGCAGCUGUACAGAAAUGAGAACCCGAACCCCCACAUGGCAUUCCAGAAAGUGCCUCGGCCGUCGGAGGGAUCCCAUCUGCGCGUGCACCAGGUACCCUUCCCCCUGCUGGCUGACGAAAAGGUGGAGAAGCUGCUGCAGGAGGGCGUGGCAAAACACAGCAGCGCGCCUCCGUCUGUACGACCUGAGAGGAAGUGUGUUGUACCAGCCGGGCCGCCCGUCGUGUCCAUUAUGGGUAAGACUGGCUCCGUGUUUAACAGCGCUCGCAGGCUGGAGGUGGUGCGGAGCUGCAUUUCCUUCAUCUUUGACAACAAGACCCUGGAGACUGAGAAGACGCUGCCGGCCGCUCUGCGAGCUCUGAAAGGUAAAGCAGCUCGUCAGUGUCUGACCGAGGAGCUGAGUCUUCACGUUCAGCAGAACCGCGCCAUACUGGACCACCAACAGUUUGACUACAUCAUCCGUAUGAUGAACUGCGCCCUGCAGGACUGCUCCAGCUCUGAGGAGUUCACCAUGGCUGCUGCGCUGCUGCCUCUGUCAACGGCCUUCUACAGGAAACUGGCUGCUGGCGUGAACCAGUUUGCCUACACCUGCAUCCAGGACCAUCCCAUCUGGACCAACCAGCAGUUCUGGGAAGCCACUUUCUACAGCGAGGUCCAGAGCCAGAUCCGAGCCCUUUACCUCAACACCCCAGAGGAGAAGGGGGUCAUCGCUGCCAGGCUGAAGGACGUCUCCCCCAGAGUCGAGGAGCAGACGGCCAUGGACCUGGCGGCAGAGCAGCUUCGUUGGUGGCCCGGCCUGAGCAAAGAGAAGCAGCAGGAGCUGGUGAAGAACGAGGAGAGCACCGUGUUCAGUCAGGCCAUCCACUACGCCAGCCUCAUGGUUUACCUGCUGGUGCCUCUGGACACCAGCAAGAACAAGCUGCUGCGCAACGCCCCCGCCACCGACUGGGAGAGCGGCAGCAACAGCAUCGUCACAAACAGCAUUGCCGGCAGCGUGGCAGAGAGCUUCGACACAGAGAGCGGGUUUGAGGACUCGGAGAACAGCGACGUGGCCAACUCCGUGGUCAGGUUCAUCGCACGCUUCAUCGACAAGGUGUGCACAGAGAGCGGGGUCACCCAGGAGCACAUCAAGAGCCUGCACAGCAUGAUCCCAGGCAUCGUGGCGAUGCAGAUGGAGGCUUUAGAGGCAGUUCACAGGGAGAGCAGGAGGUUACCUCCCAUUCAGAAGCCAAAGAUUCUGCGUCCAGCUCUGCUUCCUGGAGAGGAGCUGGUGUUGGAGGGCCUGCGGGUUCUCCUGGACCCUGACGGCAGAGAGGAGGCCACCGGGGGCCUCCUGGGGGGCCCACACAUCCUGCCAGCAGAGGGAGCUCUCUUUCUCACCACAUACCGCAUCAUCUUCAAAGGCAUCCCCCACGAUCCGCUGGUGGGGGAGCAGGCAGUGAUCAGAGCUUUCCCAGUGUCCACGUUGACCAAAGAGAAGAAGAUCAGCAUCCAGAACCAGCUGCAGCAGAACAUACAGGAAGGCCUGCAGCUCCGCUCGGCAUCAUUCCAGCUGAUAAAAGUGGCGUUCGAUGAGGAGGUGAGUUCAGAGACCGUUGAGAUCUUCAGGAAACAUCUCCAGAGGAUCCGCUACCCACAAUCCAUCUUCAGCUCCUUUGCAUUUGCUGCAGGACAAACAGCACCUCAGCUCAUCCUCCCGAAGCAGAAAGAGAGGAACACUGGCUUCAGAACUCUGUCCAAAACCAUCGUCAAAGGAGCAAAGAGGGCCGGAAAGAUCACCAUGGGCCGUGGUAGCCAGAGCACGCUGAAGAAGAACGACCGCGGCAGCAGAAUGACCUGGCACGAAGACGACGACAUUUCAAUAUCGGACGACGGAGAGCCGCCGCCCAGCAGCACUUUGCGAGCGUCAGAGAAGUCGACCAUGGAGCAGCUGGUGGAGCAGUCCUGUUUCCGUGACUACCAGCGCCUGGGCCUCGGCACCAUCACCGCCAGCUCGUCUCGCUCCAAGUCGGGCGAGCAGUUCAGGAUCACGGCCGUGAACAGACUCUACUCCCUCUGCCGCAGUUACCCCGGGCUGCUGGUGGUUCCUCAGGCUGUACAGGACAGCAGUUUACACAAAGUGGCUCGCUGCUACAGGCACAACCGCCUGCCUGUCGUGUGUUGGAAACAUCCCCGCACCAAAGCCGUCCUGCUCCGCUCGGGAGGCUUCCACGGCAAGAGCGUGGUGGGACUGUUCAAGUCCCAGAACCCCUCCUCAACAGCCCCUGCCUCGUCCUCAGAUUCGUCCAGUAGUCUUGAACAGGAGAAGUACCUUCAGGCCAUCCUCGACUCCAUCCCCAUCUACUUCAAAAUGAACGGGAACAACACCCUGUCCAACCGCUCCCUCAUCGGCCUCUCACCAGGCAGUGAAAGAAGGACAUCCAGGAUACCAAAGAUGGCUCCUGUCCAUUUAGACAUCCCAUUCUCAAACAGCUUUACCAGAGGAGUGCUUGAGUACAGAGAUAAACUAUUCACUCACUCAAACCAAAAACCUGCCGCUAAGGAGAGAGUCCAUCACCAAGGCAUGUGGGCCAGCCUGCGCUCCAGCAGCAGACUCAGUCAGCACCCGUCGGCAGCGGACGUGGGCGCCAGGCUAGCAGGGAAGGAUCUGGCGCCCCCUGCAGGGAGCAGCAGUCUGCAGGCUCAGCUGCUCAAACAUCAAGCUGCCCUCUACGUCUUUGGAGAAAAGUCACAUCUGAAGGGCCUCAGAGUGGACUCCUCUCUGAACUGUGAACUGGUGCCGGUGGAGUUCGCAGACACUCGGCAGGUGAAGGCUGCGUUUAAGAAGCUGCUGAGGGCCUGCGCUCCCAGCGCCACCCCGUCCGACUCGGAGGACUCCUUCCUGAAAGCCCUGGAGGACUCCGAGUGGAUGCUGCAGAUUCACAAGAUCCUGCAGCUGGCACUGUUUCUGGUGGAGCUUCUGGACAGCGGCUCAUCUGUUCUCCUCAGCCUGGAGGACGGCUGGGACAUCACUACACAAGUGGUGUCUCUGGUGCAGCUGCUGAGCGAUCCUUUCUACCGCACUCUGGAGGGUUUUCAGGUGCUGCUGGAGAAGGAGUGGCUUUCCUUCGGCCACAAGUUCAGCCAGCGGAGCAACCUGAGCCCCAGCAGCCAGGGCAGCGGCUUCACCCCCGUCUUCCUGCAGUUCCUGGACUGUGUGCACCAGAUUUUGGAGCAGCAUCCUCUGGAGUUUGAGUUUAAUCAGUAUUAUCUGAAGUUCCUGGCCUAUCAUCACAUCUCUAACCGCUUCAAGAACUUCCUGUUGGACUCGGACUACGAGCGCCUGGAACAUGGCCUGUUGUUUGAGGAUAAAGGUGAUAAACAGGCCCGGAGAGGAAUCUGUAUCUGGGAGUGCAUCAACAGGAUGCACAGGAGGAGUCCCAUCUUCUUCAACUAUCUCUACAGCCCCUCAGAGAGCGAAGUGAUCCUGAAGCCUUCGAUCAGCAUCCCCAGCCUGAACAAAUGGGACUUCUUCACGGACGAGACUCUGUCCACGGGGCCGUGCUACGACUGGAGGACGAUGGCGGUGAGGUUGGAGAACUCGGAGGAGCCGGACACCAUCUCCAACAGUAAGAGGAGGAUCGUGUGGCCGUGUUACAGCAGCGUGAGCCGCGCCCAGCCCGACGCCAUCACCAAACUCCUCUCUGACAUCGAGAAGCUGGAGGCCGAGCUGAACCAGGCCCCUGAGAAAUGGCAGACGACUCUGGAGAGAGUCAGAAUGAGCAUUCAGGAAGACCUCAAGCAGGAAGGAAACCUCUGUAAACAGUCAGUGUCCAUCUCCGGCCUCAUUCCCACGUCCAGCCUGCAGGCCUUCCAGCGGCGCUCCAUGCUGCACCUGCCAGACAGCGCGCUGGGCGAGGAUCGCAGCACCGCCACGGCCAACGGCAUCAACCGCCGCGCCGCCACGCUUUACAACCAGUUCACCCCCAAGAGCGAGGAGAACAGGUCUUACGAGGGGAUCCUGUACAAACGUGGAGCGCUGCUGAAAGGCUGGAAACCUCGCUGGUUUGUGUUGGACAUCACAAAGCACCAGCUGAGGUACUACGACACCGGGGAGGACACCAACUGCAGAGGCCACAUCGACCUGGCAGAGGUGGAGUCUGUGCUGAUCGCUGCUCCGACUAUAGGAGCUCCCAAACACAUCAGUGAGAAGGCUUUCUUUGACCUGAAGACCAGCAAGCGAGUCUACAACUUCUGUGCUUCAGACGCGCCCAGCGCUCAGCUGUGGAUGGACAAGAUCCAGAGCUGCAUCUCUGACGCCUGAGCACUGAGGUGGCAUCGUGAAGGUCGGAGGCAGCGUCGGGCGGCUGAGAGCAGAGACGUGACGACCGCUCGGCUUUCAGACGUCUUAACAUUCGGGGACCACGGUGAACAAAGUGCCUGGUGGAGGAGGACGAGUUCUGUCCGUCCACCUCUCUGCCUGUUACUAAGCAGCUGCUUCAGUCGGACACGUCGGUCUCUGCUGUCAACUCCCUCCUCUGCGCCUCCGACAGGGAUGAAGUGAAGAUAAGCUGACGUUCGAGGGGACUGCACUACAGAGGAAAUGUUAUCCUACUUAAGCUGUAAAUAGAUCAGAGCAAUAUCACUGGCCAUUCAAACUGUGGGUUCAAUUUUAGACUUUGAGAAUAUAAAAAAUAACCUAUCAAAGAAUUUCUAUCAGAUAUUUUACUAUGAGGAAAGGUUAUUGCUGCUUAAAGGAACGUGUGAACCACCAAAAACUCAGAGAUUUUAAUGCACAACAUUAAGAAGCAAUUUGUUUGCACUUAGCUCUAAAGUAUGCACUCUUUAUCGAAUAUAGAUUUUCUAACAGAUGCAGACAGCGAGGCUAAAGGCAUUACUUCACAGUGUACAUACGACGUUUCCUCAUGACAGACUAAAUACAAAAGAAUUUGCACAGUGAGUUCAAAAGAAUUACCUGACAUUUUUCUAUUUAAAUAAGUGGUGUUUUCUCUAUUUUGUUGAAUGUUUAUUUACUUAUGAAUAACAUGUUUGUCUCAUGUAAUGUAAAUUAUUAUUUUUUAUUAAAAGUGUAACUGUCAGUGUGGUGGCUACAUGUUUUUCUGUAAAUACUCGUGUUACAUUUCAUUUUAUAUACUGUAUGUACUGAACAUAAGUAUACUUUUCUAACCAUAAUUCUAAUGUGAUCAACCAGUCUUGUUUUUUUUUUUUUAACUGGUGCAAAAACCUGAGUGGCCUGUUCCCUGUUUGUGAUGAAACAUUGUUCUGAAAAUGAAAUGGAGACUGUUUUUUUUGUAGUUGUUGUUCAGAUUGUCCAGACAGGCUCUGUGUGUCUUUUAAGGGCUUUUAAAGAAGUAAAUGAAUAAGUCACGUAGGACAUUGUGGUUUUCAGAGAUCCUCGUCUGAUCUGUUCUGUGAGUGUGCAACCUUUACAGUUUCAUUAAAAUAAGAAAAAAGACUAAUGAAACUAUUCAAAGAUGUCAAAAGCUUUUUUCAUUACUGUAUCUUUGUACCAUGUUUUGUGGUGAGACUAAUUUUUUGGAAAUAAAUCAAAGCUACUUGAAACUA